CGGGCUGUCAGUACCAGUUAAGGUCGUGCCGAUCGAGGGUCACACCACACACCUCCGGAAGCUUUUGGAUUGCUCCUUUCAAGUACAUGAGGACUCGGCAUGGCGUCGAGCGCCAUGGGUCCCACCUGCAGAGUUGCGUCUUGGCUGGCCACCCUCCUACUCCUCUUGAUGGCAACAAGCUCGUCGUGUGCUAACGAUCCUAGCUACACCGACUGUCAGCCUCACAUUGAUGCCACCAUACGAGAUCUUGCAUCGAAAGCACUUAAAGACGGGAAGCUGCCUCUUCGACCAGAACCAGAUGAUACAGCUGCCCCAACAAGCGGAGGGUCUUCGGGUGAUGCCCCUACCAUUGAAAAACUUCCUUCAGAAACAUCCCCUGCACAAGACCUUGAUAACCCAGCACCGGAAGAAUCAAAACUUCUUGAUCCAGCAGAGGCGGGGCCUAACAUUGAAGAAGAAGUUCAUUUGGACGCUGUGCCCACCACAGUUUCAAUUGACACGGAGUCCAUCUCCACUCGCGCUGAAGAAUCACUUCCUCCUCCUACCGAAGCAGCCCCUCCUUCUGCUGCGGCACCGGAAACCGCUCCCGUUCGUGUUCAGUCAACUAACAUAGGCCACACUGAUGGCUCAGCUGAAUCACAGAACCUAAUCAAUAAGCUAGUAACGUCAAUAUUCGGAAAAUUUCCAACUGAGCGCGAUGCCAAGUGGGCGACUCCGUGGCAGAGUCAUCCAGAACACAUACGGGCACCGGUGUCCCAAGAGAAGGUUGAAGUCAGUAAGGAGCCAGGAGUCGUCAGUAAAUCUAUCAAUAAAAUGGUAGUUGCUAUUUUCGGCGAACAUUCGGCUGAACGCGACCCUAAGUGGGCAGAUCCCUGGCAGACACAUCCCGAGCAUGAGCGUAAAAUUCCAGCAACGUCUGAGCAGCCACGAGAAGUAAUACAAGAUCCCAGAGGAGGAGUUUUGCACAGGUUAAUCUGCCUAGUUUUUGAUGAACCCCCGAAGGAACGAGACCCAAAGUUUGCUGAACCAUGGCAGACACAUACUGAUCAGCAAGAGAAGUUCAAAUCUUCCUCGGAAGAGUCUGUAGAAGCGAAACCAGUAGUAGUUGCUUCAGGCGGUUUACUCGAUAAGAUUGUUAGAACAAUUUUCCCCGCGCCAGAUGUGGAAAGGGAUCCCAAAUACGCCCGACCAUGGCAAACUCAUGACGAACACAUUAAAGUCAGUGUUCCGGCUCCAGAAGUAAAUGAAAUAGCGCAUGGAUCUGGAGGAAUCUUAGAUAGAUUGGUUAGGUUGGCGUUUCCUUUGGACACUGAAAAUGCCGUGCGAGAUCCCAAGUGGGCUGAACCUUGGCAAACUCACAAUCCCGUUAAAACUCAGCCGGUAACAGCUCCCGAAGAAAAACGUGUGUCGACCGCAACAACGUUCCCACUGUUUGUAUUUUUUGAUGGAUUAAUUUGCAAAAUUUUCAACAUUGCACCUAAAGAGAGGGAUCCAAAGUGGGCUAUUCCGUGGCAAGAUCAUGACGAACACAAAAAGUCAAUAGUGGAGAAAAGAUCAGAGCAAAUUGAACAAAAAGUUAUUGGACCCACCGGAGGGCUUCUCGAUAAAUUUGUUAGAACUGUUUUUGGAUUAAAUGAGACAGGUGAGAGAGACCCUAAAUAUGCGACACCUUGGCAAACGCAUGAAGAAGCGGGUUUAAAAUUCCAGCGAGCUGACCUUGUCAUCGAUGCUUCUCCGCCUGCUCCUAAAGUAGUACACGAAAAAACUACAGUACCAGAAAUUAAACCUGAACAGAAGCCAUCCCCGGAGCCCGUCACUUAUCAGACAACAACUCCCCCAUCCAAACGGGAGGAAAGAACUCUUCAGGAACCUGUCGUGGUUGAAACGCUUAUUCAAGCCGGUGAAGAAUCCGAAGAAGAAAAUAAACCAUUAUCGCAGGAGGGGAAAGGCGCUGGACAGGAUGGGACGUUUCGAGCAGAAAAAGUAUUGGAUUCUGUUGCUGAAGCUGCCGUCGCUGAAAAGGCCGACCAUGGUUCCAUUGAUGCGCCUAUCGUCCCCACGACCCCCACGAAGGAGGAAAAGAGUCCAUACGACGACCACGAUGACGAAGAUGAUGAGGAAGCAGAAGAUAUUCCCCAAUUUGUAACUGCUACUGGUGAAACAGUCUUGCAAGACAGCGAUGAUGAGGAGCCUGACGACGACGCGGAACCAGACGAAGUGAAUGCAUCCUCAGCAUCCGCCAUUACUACGGAUGAAACGGAUCUUGGCACUGACGAUGAGAGUGAUCAAAUCAUAUUGGUUCCUGCAGCAUUAAGGCCACGAGACCACAUAGAGGCUAUUCUUGGCUUGGACGAAGCGUCUCGUAGUACCGCUAUGCGGUCUAACCCAAUCUCGGACGCGGCUCUCAAGGAGCUCAAGAAUAUUUACGAAUCGAGUAUAAAGCCUUUGGAAGUCAUUUACAAGUAUCAGGAUAUAUCGAACCGUCACAUGUCUGAUGCUGAAAUAUUCGGUCAACCUCUCGUUCUGGUGCUGGGCCCAUAUUCUACGGGCAAAUCUUCGUUGCUCAACUACCUCAUGAACGUCGAGUAUACCCGCCGAGCACUGAGAACCGGUGCCAACCCCAGCCACGGAGUGUUCCGCAUCAUCCAGUACGGUCCCGAGGACGCCGAGGUCGAUGGUACGGCUCUUAGCGCCUCUGCCCACUUCGGCUCACUGCAAAAGUUUGGCCAGAACUUUGUUGAUCAGUUGAGAGGAAGCGUAAGGAACGUGCCUCUACUCAAGAAGGUGGGUUUGAACUUCGUUGAUAAACCAAAUGCCUAAUUUUAA